UUAGCUAAUGAUCUCAUGGAGGCUAGAGAUGAACUUAGUUUAUCAAAAUUACAUAAUAAAUUAUCAAAGCAUAAAUUAUUAAUUAUAGAUGAAAUAGGUUAUGUUUCUUUAUCAGCAACUGGAGCAGAGCUUAUGUAUGAUAUAAUAAAUCAACAAUAUGAAGUUAGCUCAUUAAUUAUGAUAAGUAAUCUUGAAUUCUCAAAUUGGAUCCAAGCUUUUAAAUCAGAUAAGCUUACAGCUGCAUUAUUAGAUAGAAUUACUCAUUACAGUAAUAUUAUUAAAAUGAAUGGCGAUAGCUACAGAUUUAGCAAUUCUAUAGCUAAACGAAAAUAA